AUGCAGAUUGGGAAGAACAAAGAUUUUUACGGAAGGGAGGAUGUCAUUAGAAAAAUCGAAGAUGUCUUGUUGCCCGCGGAUGCGAAUGGAGAGUCCCCAAAGAAUAUGAAGAUAUGUUCCAUUUGUGGCCCUGGCGGCAUGGGGAAAACGCAGAUCGCCACGGAAUUCACCCUCCGAUAUCAAGAUGCAUUCGAGGCCAUAUUCUGGGUCCACGCGGAUGAGGAAAUCACCCUGGCUAAUGAGUUCAGCCAGAUUGCCGAAAAACUUGGGCUCGUCUUGGAAGGGACCGCCGAUGCAAAGGAUCCCGUUGUCACGCGUGAACUGGCCAAGGGCUGGCUGGCAGAACCCCUGAGAUCAUACAGGAUGGCCGAUCGCAAUGCCGAUAAUGAGGUUCCAUGGCUUUUGGUGUUCGACAAUGUUGACAACCCUGACCUCAUCUGGGAUUACUUGCCUCCAAUGGGAGGCGAGGAGCCUUCUGCUGGCUCAGUUCUCAUCACGAGCCGAGAUAGUCUGGCUAGAACCCCUCACUACCAGGUCACGCAUGGGAUCGACCUCGCACCUCUGAGCCAAGAAGACGCCGCAAACCUGCUUUUAAAGCUGACAUGGCGUGAGGAUGAUGGCCAAGAUCAGGAGCUGAGCUCGUCGGUGGCCGAUAUUCUUGGGGGCCUGCCUUUAGCUCUUACGCAAAUGGCUGGGGUGAUGAACAAGCUGUCGCUUUCGUUUGAUGACUUUAUCAAGCGUUAUGAGGAGCGGGAAUCCCACAAGGAGCUUUUCAACGAACCAAGCAAGAGACACGCGACUUACAAGUUCAACUUGGCCACGGUGUGGGCGUUGGAAGAGCUAGAACACAGCAGAGGCCUCCUAGAUGUAAUGUCCCUCCUGCAUCCUGAUGGCAUUUCAAAUUCUUAUCUCGAAGGAUCUGUGGACAUUUCUGAGCUUCAAGACUACCCAAAGACUGCCAGAGCAUACCAGGAUGCGAGAAGCGAACUUCUGCGAUCCUCGCUUGUCAACUACAAUAAAUCCACCUCGAAGCUCACCAUCCAUCGGCUGAUACAGGAUUGCACAAAAUCCAAAAUGUCUUUGGAAAGAUCGGCCAGUGUCUUCUCCGCGGCUGUCAACAUGCUGUGGUUGAAAUGGCCCAUGGCCGAGCCUGGGGCCCGUCACUACAUUGCUCGAUGGAAGGAGUGGGAGUUAAUGUGUCCACAUAUUCUGAGAUUGAGGGGCUACUACACUCAAGCAAGUGAGGGUCUUCAGGCUGUGCUCAUCAAUGAUCUCGUGUUCGCACAGCUAAUGAACGAAUUGGGCUGGUACUUUCAGGAGCGGGGCCAUACCUCCAAAGCGCUCGACUGCUAUCACAUUUCGCAAAAAAGUGUCGAGCACAUUAUCGAGCAAAUCAAAAGCAAGGAAGAGAAAAGGGAAGAAUAUGUCUUGGCCAAGGGUCUCCUCGCUGAAACACAUAGCAAUCUAGCUGGAUCAGAGACGAAGCUCAACCAUCCCCGCGAGGCGAUGGAGCAUUUGGUCAAGUACAACGAGAUACUCGAGGAGGAACAUCGGGGAAGCCCCAAUGUUAGCGAUGCAAGACUGACAAGCUCGUGUUUCAACAUUGGUAUGAGAUUCUCAAUGCUAAGUCAAUAUGAAAAAGCCGUCGAGUGGCUAAAGAAAGCACUUGCGGAAGCCGAGCGUCUGUCUGAACCGAGAAAGGUUAAGCUGGCUCGAAGUCUGGCUCUCAUCGACCUUGUAAUAACCUACCGGCUUUCAGAACAUUUUGACGAGUCCCAUGAUAUCCUGAAACGAGCAUUGAGGGAAAGGGAAGAGCUCCUAGGGCCAAACGAUCGCCAAUCCAUGAUCACCGGGAGAAUUCUCCAUGGCCUAGGAAAUGUCAGAAAUAGUCUAGGAAUUCUCAAAGAAAGUUUCGAUACUCACAAGAAGGCCUUGUUACUUUUAACGAGACGGUUGGAAACAACCGCCACAGAACUAGAAACUCUUACUACAGAGCACUUUGUCCAAACUGGGGAUCUCAUAGUAGCUAUUGAACUUCUGGAUUAG